CUAUUCCUCCCUUGUUCAAAGGACGAACCAAAGGCCCAGCAUAGAAAUGAAGCAAAAGGACUAACAGGCACAUCUUGCUCCUUCCAUCAAUGUCUCCUGGAGGUAUAGAAAUAGGAUCAAUGAAGAUGUUGACGAGGCUUCAGGUGCUUACCCUAGCAUUGUUUUCCAAGGGAUUCUUACUUUCUUUAGGGGACCAUAACUUUUUAAGGAGGGAAAUAAAGAUAGAAGGAGACCUCGUUUUAGGAGGCUUAUUCCCUAUUAAUGAAAAAGGCACUGGAAUAGAAGAAUGUGGACGUAUCAAUGAGGAUCGAGGUAUCCAACGCCUGGAAGCCAUGUUAUUUGCCAUUGAUGAAAUCAACCGAGACAAUUACUUACUUCCAGGGGUAAAGCUAGGUGUUCACAUUUUGGACACCUGUUCAAGGGAUACCUAUGCUUUAGAGCAAUCACUGGAAUUUGUCAGGGCAUCUUUGACUAAAGUGGAUGAAGCAGAAUAUAUGUGCCCUGAUGGAUCUUAUGCCAUACAAGAAAACAUCCCAUUACUCAUUGCGGGUGUCAUAGGCGGCUCUUACAGUAGCGUGUCAAUUCAGGUGGCAAAUCUGCUAAGGCUCUUCCAGAUCCCCCAGAUAAGCUACGCGUCCACCAGUGCCAAACUAAGUGACAAGUCACGCUAUGAUUAUUUUGCCAGGACUGUGCCCCCAGACUUCUACCAGGCUAAGGCCAUGGCUGAGAUCUUGCGUUUCUUCAACUGGACCUAUGUGUCAACUGUGGCCUCUGAAGGUGACUAUGGUGAGACAGGUAUUGAGGCCUUUGAGCAGGAGGCACGUCUUCGCAACAUCUGCAUUGCCACCUCUGAAAAGGUAGGCAGGUCCAAUAUCCGAAAGUCCUAUGACAGUGUAAUCCGGGAGCUGCUCCAAAAGCCCAAUGCUCGAGUGGUUGUCCUCUUUAUGAGAAGUGAUGACUCCCGGGAGCUGAUUGCUGCUGCAAGCCGUUUCAAUGCUUCCUUCACAUGGAUAGCCAGCGAUGGGUGGGGUGCCCAGGAGAGCAUUGUCAAAGGUAACGAGCAUGUGGCCUAUGGAGCCAUCACCUUAGAACUGGCUUCCCAUCCCAUCCGGGAGUUUGACCGUUACUUCCAGAGCCUCAAUCCUUACAACAACCACCGAAACCCCUGGUUUAGGGACUUCUGGGAACAGAAGUUCCAAUGCAGCCUACAGGGUAAAAGGUCACACCGGAGGGCCUGUGACAAGCAUCUAGCAAUUGACAGCACCAAUUAUGAGCAGGAGUCCAAGAUCAUGUUUGUGGUGAAUGCUGUGUAUGCUAUGGCACAUGCUCUACACAAGAUGCAGAGGACCCUCUGCCCAAACACCACCAAGCUCUGCGAAGCCAUGAAGAUUCUAGAUGGAAAAAAGCUGUACACAGAUUACUUGCUAAAAAUCAAUUUCACAGCUCCGUUCACUCCAAACAAAGGAAUAGAUAGCAUUGUCAAGUUUGACACUUUCGGAGAUGGAAUGGGCAGAUACAACGUAUUCAAUUUCCAGGAUACUGGUGGCAAAUACUCUUACCUGAAGGUUGGUCACUGGGCUGAAACUUUAUCAUUGGAUGUCAAUUCAAUCCACUGGUCCCGAAACGCAAUUCCCACCUCCCAGUGCAGUGACCCUUGUGCUCCUAAUGAAAUGAAGAAUAUGCAACCAGGGGAUGUCUGCUGCUGGAUCUGUAUUCCUUGUGAACCCUAUGAGUACUUGGCUGAUGAGUUCACCUGUGUGGACUGUGGGCCUGGGCAGUGGCCCACCCCAGACCUAUCUAGCUGUUUUGACCUUCCAGAAGACUACAUCAAGUGGGAAGAUGCUUGGGCCAUAGGUCCCGUUACUAUUGCAUGCUUGGGCUUUAUGUGUACCUGCAUGGUUGUGACGGUAUUUAUCAAGCACAACAACACACCUUUGGUCAAAGCCUCAGGCCGGGAGCUGUGCUACAUCUUACUCUUUGGAGUGGGUCUUUCUUAUUGCAUGACAUUCUUUUUUAUUGCUAAGCCAUCACCGGUCAUCUGUACUCUCCGACGCCUGGGUUUAGGCAGCUCCUUUGCAGUAUGUUAUGCAGCCCUACUGACAAAGACAAACUGCAUCGCCCGGAUAUUUAAUGGGGUCAAGAAUGGUGCUCAGAGGCCGAAAUUCAUCAGCCCUAGCUCUCAGGUCUUCAUCUGCCUGAGUCUGAUCCUGGUACAGAUUGUAGUGGUGUCUGUGUGGCUCAUCCUGGAGGCCCCAGGCACACGAAGGUAUACCCUACCUGAGAAGCGGGAAACAGUGAUCUUAAAAUGCAAUGUCAAAGAUUCCAGUAUGCUGAUUUCACUUUCCUACGAUGUGGUCCUGGUGAUCUUAUGUACUGUGUACGCCUUCAAAACGCGAAAGUGCCCCGAGAACUUCAAUGAAGCCAAGUUCAUCGGUUUUACCAUGUACACCACCUGUAUCAUCUGGCUGGCCUUUCUCCCAAUCUUCUAUGUGACAUCGAGCGACUACAGGGUGCAGACCACAACCAUGUGCAUCUCUGUCAGCCUGAGUGGCUUUGUGGUCCUGGGAUGUCUGUUUGCACCCAAAGUGCACAUCAUUCUGUUCCAGCCCCAGAAGAAUGUGGUCACGCACAGACUCCACUUAAACAGAUUCAGUGUUAGUGGAACUGGAACCACUUACUCACAAUCAUCGGCCAGCACUUACGUCCCCACGGUGUGCAACGGGAGGGAAGUCCUCGACUCCACCACCUCAUCUCUGUGAUCAUCGUGACUUUGCAGUUCAGUUCUUGUGUGUUUAGACUGUUAGACAAACAUGCACAUGCCAUGCAAUUCUCGAUCAAACAAAACAAAG